AUGGCUCCAAGGGGUCGCCCGCGCAAAACCGUACCCGGUCGAGCUACGGCUACACAAAGCGGCGCAGGCGAAGGAAGCUCGAGAGAUAUAGCGCCUGCCGCUGAAGCAACCGCUGCCCCAGCUGCUGCCGCGUCGGCAUCGAGUAAAGGAGGGAGGUCGAGUCCAGCAGCCCAGCGCGGAAGAGGCAGAGGAAGAGGCGGCAAAACAGUUCCCGCAAGGAAAUCAGACGUACAACCCGGUGAUCCACUUCCGCCGCCCCGAAAGCACCGUUACCAUCCGGGAACAGUCGCCCUUAAAGAAAUCCGGCGUUAUCAACGCUCUUGGGAUCUCCUCCUUCUCAAACUCCCCUUUGCGCGCCUCGUCAGAGAAGUAGCCCUCGAUAUCUUACCGCCGGAAGUUGGCGAGGAACUGAGAUGGCAGUCACAAGCGAUUCAAGCCCUACAAGAGGCAGCGGAGGCUUUUCUAGUACAUCUUUUCGCCGACACCAAUCUAUGUGCGAUUCACGCCAAGAGAGUAACAAUCAUGCAAAAGGAUAUUCAGCUUGCGAGACGGAUACGAGGAGCGUGGGGCGGCAUCGGUUGA